ACAGAUACACAGUGUGUGGCGAAGGAUACCUUUCGUGAGCUUCUGAAUGCACAGUUCCACUUUCCAACAAAAUACACUUUCCAACGAUAUUCUCGGAUGUUUAUAUUCUCGGACGUUCAUGUACAUGGAUGAUUAGAAAACGCGAUUUAUUGUUUCAUUUACUUGAAAGUUUGGACAUCAACACCAAGUAUGAAUACGUUUCCUUCUGAGUGAAGCAAGAGAAGUUUGGCGUCUACAUGUCUUCGCAUAGGAAAGGAAGGUUGUGCCGAGUGGAUGAUCAUUGAGAAGAGGCACCUGGGGAUAAAUAUAGUUUCAGAAAGUCGGAAUUGUUUAUGAAAAUGUGAUUUCCUCAAUUCAUAUACAAUAAGAAGUUGAUGGACGCCGUAUACAGGUAUACUAUGAAGAGACACAAGGCGACAGAUUGUCAGUAACUGUUGACUGCCGGAAAAGAUAGUGUGGCCCAGUACCGACAUGUAAAACUCGCCAUUUUGAAUAUUUAUAUGAUACACUUGGGCAUUUGACGUGCUUUUGGGUAUCCACUGUACUUAGGAUCAGUAUUAGAUAUUCGGUGGAUACCAAAAUGGAUACGGUUCUGUCAACUAGACGUUUUCCCGCUGAAUAUAUUAAACAACAACCAGAGUUUCAGUUCCUCAAGAGCGGUGUGCACGGAGAGUAUUCCCGUGUGUCUAUUGAUGUGUCAGUGUAUGCAAGACGGCCAUAUUCAGUCAAUAUCGUGUCUUCUGAUUCUGGUGUCCGAUCAUCGUCGAACACGGGAACAGGGAGUGAUGGUUCAAAGUUCAACAAUUCUGUGCACCCUAGACCAUCAACAACAGGCGCAAUAAAAAUAGUUCAUAAAGUGAAUAAGAAAUAUGCAUCAAUUUCAACGAUGCCACGACCAAAGACAUCUCUGGGAUUUAGCUCUGCGAAUGGCAAUCAAAGUAAAGACAAUGCGUCUUCAAAAUCAGGAAAGAAUAGAAAGGUCAGUGGAGUGACAUGGAAAUCAAAUCCUUUGUGUGUUGAUACGAACGACUCGAAUCCCGAAAAGAAGAAAUCAUGUUACGAUCCAGCAUUCGAAAAAUCGAAAACCUUUCUCCAUAAGAGAAAUGAUAUGUUUAGUAAAACGAACCAAUAUCUGACGCCAGCUCGACCUGGACUGCGGAAUCUUCAGCUGCACUACACCGGCAUCAACACCACCUACAACGACAGAGUCAUCUUCGCAGACUUGCUGCAGUCUGCACACAAGAAAAAUGCAAUAGUAGGGGAAGAAGUAUAUAGCCUUGAACGACGCCUGUACACUAAAAGAGCUGAUCCAUCGAAAUGCACGACGUUCUGGGACCGCGGGGACGUUGUGAGUCCCCCAGCUAGAACAAGAACAGCCAGGACUGUUGCCCAGAGGAAGAAGGAACGGCGGGAGAAGAUUCAGGUGAAGAAUGAGAAGAUUAAGUUUGGGUAUGUUCCAAGAGCGAACUCCUUGACUAUUCCAAGCGAAGAGGACAUGGAGGAACUGAGGUACAACUGUAGGUACCUGAGGAUCGACCCUCGGCAUCAGCAGCAUCUGUACAACACCGGCCUUGUGUUCUACAGCCAGGAUCACGCUGGCCCCGAGAUUGGAUCUACACUGUGUGACAUCAAGGGAGGUGACGAGACGCAUGUGGAAUAGCGACCUGAGAGAUCACCAUGCAGUGGGACAUCUAGCUCUGUUCUUGACCCUGAAAACCUGGGAUUAAAUACCCAAAUGGAUAACAAGUGUAAACACACAUGCUACCUCGGCUCUUAAAUGACUGAAAUAUUACGUAACGUGUCGGAAACUAAGAACGUCAUCAUUGGUGCAGACAAACCCAACAAAGCUAUACGUGUUUUACGUGCGCUUCACUACCGUUGUCACCAUCUAGAUAUCUUGUCCCGGCUCUAGUGGGCUAGCCGGCAACUUGUAUGUUCUUGAAACUGCGAAAUAACCCUUUAUGUAACAGCUACCGUUAUCGAUGUAUAUCAGUUUCAAAGGAGAUAAUUUGAUGUGGGACAUUUGACCCCGUUACACCUUCAAACAGCUACCCCCUGGACAGUGUUGACAAUUGGUGGGUGUAUACAUCUUCAGUAGCUAUCGUAAAUAUCUAUUGUUCCGCUUUUACCAUCCGAUUCUAAACGUCGACACUGAGUCGGGUUUUUGCUGUGGCUAGCUGCGCCAGUAAACUCGAUUUGGCCGUGUUUUCCUGAUCUACUGACAAAAUACAUUUUUAGCAGUAUUUGUUGGGCAGAUGAGUAAAUGUCUUCGAAUAUGAUGGUUAUUAAUAUUACGGAGUUUGUGGAAACUGGCGUCAACUCAGUAUCGGAUUUACACAAUGAUGUAGUCCGUACCUUCUGGUGUCUCGUUUCAGGUAUCUAUAAUCUUUAAUGAUCGUUAUCUUUUACCAUGCAAGGAGGUAUCGCCCAUUGCUGUAAGUCUGAAUUGAGCACAAUAGUGGCAAUAGGCAUCGUAAGCAUAUUUCAUGACUAGAAAUAGAAUACAAAUUGUUUAAAACUGUAGUCGUGAUAUCUACAAAGGAACAAUGAGUUUUUCAAUGCAUCCACAUCCUUCUGGAAACUUAAACCGAAAGACGUCUUUCUUUAUCAUUUAACUAUAAUUUAAUCAUACCGCAAGAUCAUUGGGUAUGAUUCCAAGUACAUAGAUAGAAAAUGAUCAAAUUAUUGCAUUUGUUUGCGUUUGUGCUGC